UGGUAAUUCUUCAAAAUGGUCGCUUUGUAUGGUUUGCCAACUUGCAUGUCUCAGUUUUAGACUCCUUUGUUUUCUUAGUUCAUUUACGAUAUUUUUGUUGUGAAAAAGAAGGAUCGUUUUAUUACUUACAGAUUUGUGUGUGAAUAAGCAAUGUUCAAAAGUUGUGGUGCGUUAAAAAGAUGUCAUCGGUAAUGUGAGAACUGAGAGCAUUCUACUAGCAUUUUUAUUUUUUGAGAUUAUGACGUCUAAGGAUCUCAUUUGCAUAAGUAAAGAAUAGAAUAACACUUGGAGAAUAUCGAGUACAAUUGUUAACACCGUCCAGUCGUGUGAUAAUGCUAGUGGUGUGACGUCGAGAGAAAAUAAGACCAAUAAGAACAGUGUAGUGGUAAACAGUGAACAUAAGUCCAUACCAUGAGAACAGCGAGUGCGCAUGUGGUGUUCAUGUGAUGGGAGGGGUGGGGUGAAGGGUGAGGCGCUCGGGCGCGGGCGCCAUGAACCCGCCGGCGCCCGGCAAGACGGCCACGCGCACCCCGGGGUACAAUCAGAAGGCGCUCGCUGAAAUCCGCAAUUCCUUACUCCCCUUUGCUAACAUUGGGAGCUCAGAACCGCCUGGCUCGUCAGCUGCUAGCACGGUCAGCUCCGGUGUCAGUUCAGGCUUUAGUUCCUCAUCAGGAAAUGGGCUCGAUAAAGAUUUGAGUGUUUUACCUCAGUCUUUGAACCAACUCAUCGCUUUGGGCUAUGAUGAGGAUCCAGCACUGAAGGCACUGAAAUAUGCAGGUGGUAGAUUUGAUGCUGCCCUAGAUUUUCUCUCGAAAAAACAUGAACCACACAAUGGUGUACUCAAGUCGAGUAACCUGAGCGUUCUUAGUACUAAGCUAAUAAGAAAGCCAAGCCUAGAGCGGGAGAUAAAUCUUCACAGAGGGAGCCCCGCCCUCGACUCGGGAGCUGGAAGCUCGAGAUCUGAUAGCCCGCGGCAGUCCGACGCGCCCCCGCUUCCGCACGAGAAGCUCAGUAGACAAUACUCCCCAUCCGGCUUCUCGGAACCGCCGCCCCUACCUCCGCCGAGAUGCCCGUCCACGCCCCCCGUGCCGCCCUCCGUGCAGCAGUACAUGAAGCGGAUAUCUCCCGCGCCGCCCCUGCCGCCCGCGCGCGGCACCAGCCCCGUCGCCGCCGCGCCCACCCCACCCGCGCGACAGCCCAUGAUAGUCCAGAACGGUCCGCAGGCCCAGCAGCAGCUCACGCAGCAGAUGCACGCCCUCAGCAUGUACCCUGCGGGCGCCACGAGCGCGGAGCUGCCGCCCCCCUACCCGCUCGCCGGGGUGCCGCCGCCGCCCUCCUACUCCGUGUCCAUGCAGAACAGGCAGAGCCCCACGCAGUCUCAGGACUACCGGAAGAGCCCGUCGUCGGGGAUAUACUCGGGCGGCACGUCCGCGGGCUCGCCGAGCCCCAUAACGGUGACGCAGUCCACCGGCUCGGCGGCCGGCAUGACGCGCCCCACGCCCAUGCAGGCCUGGACUGCGCGGCAGGCGGUGCAGGCCCCCAUCAUCAUGCAGUCCGUUAAGAGCACGCAAGUCCAGAAGCCCGUGCUCCAGACCGCGAUCGCGCCGGUCGCCCCGCCGCCGGUGGCCGGCCCGGCGGUCCAGCCCCCGCCCCCGUCUUACGCGAGCUCCAUCCAGCAGAAACAGUCGCAGACCCCACCGAGCUACCCGCUCGCCCCCAAGCCCUCGUCGCCCGGCUCGAGCCCGCCCGUCGUCCCGACGGCGACCACCCCCACCGUGCCCACCACGGAGCCGCCGAGCUACGCCAUCACGAUGCAGGCGCUGGCCGUGCAGCGCGGCAUGCACCCAAUCCCGCCGCCGCCCUACGGCAAUCAGACCGACACGACCACCACCGUCAACUCGCACCAUUCGCCCGUCCACAAAAAGUACUCCAACAACUGUGACCCGAAGGGGGAGCACUCCCAGCUCGAGUUGAAGUGUCCCAAUCAGAACUGCAGCCUGCUGAAGGACGCCCCGUCCGGCUCCGAUAGGAGCUCUAACGGCUCGACGGAGAGGCGGCCGAAGGGCGGGCCGGAGAAGAUAAGACACCAGUCCCCGAUACCCGAGCGCAAGAAUAUCAGCAAGGAGAAGGAGGACGAGCGGAGGGAUUGCAAGGUCCGAAAUUACUCCCCGCAGGCGUUCAAGUUCUUCAUGGAGCAGCACGUUGAGAAUCUCCUGAAGGCGUACAAGCAGCGGACCUACCGCCGCAUGCAGCUGGAGAAGGAGAUGAACAAGAUAGGUCUCAGCGCCGAGGCGCAGGAUCAGAUGAGGAAAAUGUUGUCCCAGAAGGAAUCCAACUACAUCCGAUUGAAACGUGCUAAGAUGGACAAGUCGAUGUUCACGAAAAUAAAGCCCAUCGGCGUGGGAGCCUUCGGGGAAGUGACGCUAGUGAAGAAAAUUGAUACUAGUCAUCUUUAUGCCAUGAAGACACUACGAAAGGUGGACGUUCUGAAGCGAAACCAGGUGGCUCACGUGAAAGCCGAGAGAGAUAUCCUCGCGGAGGCCGACAAUGAGUGGGUGGUGAAGCUGUAUUAUAGUUUUCAGGAUAAGGAUAAUUUAUAUUUUGUAAUGGACUAUAUACCGGGAGGCGAUUUGAUGUCGCUUCUCAUAAAACUAGAAAUAUUCGAGGAGAACUUAGCUAGAUUUUAUAUUGCGGAGUUGACUUGUGCGGUGGAGAGCGUGCAUAAAAUGGGCUUCAUCCACAGAGACAUCAAGCCGGAUAAUAUUCUAAUAGAUCGAGAUGGUCACAUCAAGUUGACCGAUUUUGGUCUGUGCACGGGCUUCAGGUGGACACACAACUCCAAAUAUUAUCAGAGAAAUGAUCAUGGGCGGCAAGAUUCCAUGGAUCCGGUAGAUGGUGAAUGGGGUGCGUUGGGAGAGUGUCGUUGUCACCAGCUCAAACCUCUGGAAAGGCGACGCAAGCGGGAGCAUCAGCGUUGCCUGGCUCACUCCCUCGUAGGCACACCUAACUACAUAGCGCCUGAGGUGCUGCAGAGGACGGGCUACACCCAACUCUGCGACUGGUGGUCAGUCGGAGUCAUAUUGUACGAGAUGCUGGUUGGAUCACCGCCGUUCUUGGCCGGGACCCCCGCGGAAACACAGCUUAAGGUGAUAAACUGGGAGAAUACACUUCAUAUACCCGAUGCGGCGAACUUAUCACGAGAAAGUAAGGAUCUCAUCCUAAAACUAUGUUCCGGUCAGGAGACUAGAUUAGGAAAAGAUGCAAAUGAAGUUAAAAAUCACCCCUUUCUCAAGAGCAUUGAUUUCGAUAAAGGUCUGAGAAGGCAGGCGGCGCCAUACAUACCCAGAAUAGAGUAUCCCACUGACACCUCCAAUUUCGAUCCCAUUGAUCCCGAUAAGCUGCGCAACUCCGGAAGCUCAGACUCAAACAAAUCGGACAGCGAUUUGCUCGAGAACGGCAAAACGUUUCACGGUUUCUUUGAGUUUACGUUCAGAAGGUUUUUUGAUGACGGAUACACAAACAGAAUUAAUCUCGACGACAACGACAAUCAAGGGCCUGUGUAUGUUUGAAGUGACAGAGACACUGAAACUAAUAUUUAGUUAUUUAAAAGUGUGUGCCUUCGACUCUCUCUAUUAAAUAAUAGUUGUAUUUUGUAUACAUAACGAAUGUAACGUAUUUAAAUAAUAAUUAAAAUAUUGUUAAUAAUCCCGGUGAUAAUGUUGUAAUAUUUUAUCGUUAUGUAUUUGUAAGAGUAAUCUUAUUGUAAUAUAUGUAACGGAUGGAUCACAGUGGCACGAGCCGGUGUAACUAUGGUGCUGAGACGGGCCCCGGCCUCGUACGAGUCGGAACAUAGUGUUCCAUUCUCUGUAUACUAUUUUUGUAACUAGAGAAAUUAUUUAUGAGAUAAGAACAAGCUUAAUCGUAGUAGCGAAUGGAUUUGUCAUUAUAUUUUCAUAUGUAUUUAUCAUGGUAGGUCGCUUACGUGUGUUUGUUUAUAAAUAUAACUUAUGAAGUCAUUAACAGAAGUUCAAUAUAAUGUGGCAUAUGUGAUGUGCGGAGGACGGAGGUGCUCCGCGGACGAUGGACUAGCUCAUGUUGUGUGCCUUAGUCAUUGUAAACACUUUUUUUACAAUUGAAUUUUAAGGAUCCGAAGGAACAGGUGUAUACGUUAGUGACAGUUAAACUCGAUAACUAGAGUGCAAUAAAUAUUUAUUAACAAAAUUAAACCCUUUAAAACGUAAUUAUGUUGUCAUUGCAAAAAUAUUUUAUUGUACUUUGUUUUAAACUAACGUUAUACAAUUUUAUUUGUAGUGGCAAAUAACAACAGAACAAAGUAUGCUGUGGUUACAGGCUACAGCCUCAGUAGCUAUAGCAGUGAUGCAACUUUACAGAGCAACCUGUACAGUAAUAUAAAAGUCAAUUCAUCUUAAAUUAUGUUAUUGAAUGUAAAUUGUUUUAUUCUAAAAAUGAAACAUGCUUUUAAGUAAAUGAAAAUAAACUAUGGGAUUUUGUUGA